UCUCUUGACUUCGUCGCGUCAAUUUUUCUUUCGUUCCUCUCUCCCAUGUUCUUCGCAUAAUGUGGCCGAGGACUGGCUGCUUCGUUCAAGGGUUCCUACGGAUUCCACUUCCUCUCCCCAGCCUUCGACAAACUGCCGGGUCAAUAACAACCAAGAACGCAGGGAUAUGAGCCCCAUCCGCAGAUGGCUCCUAGUCCAACAGGCCGUCCCCGCCUCGUCAACCGGAUUGGAGCCUUCCACAGGAAGACUGCUGAUGGAUGCAAGACCUGCAGGCAAGCAUUGCUCAAAUUUCGCAGCCGUGUCUCCAAACUAACAGUACGCCAGGAUUCGCCGUAUCAAAUGCGAUAAAGGGAUACCGGCAUGCUCAAAGUGCUCCACUACGGGACCUCUUCACCUUUUCACCUGCCAAUUAGUACCAAUAUCCUAGAAGACGACCAAGAACGCAGGAGCUUUUCUUUUUUCUGCAGACACACCUUCCCCCAGCUCUCCGGCCCCUUCGACUCGAGCGACUUCUGGCAACGCCUCCUCCAAGCAACACACCGAGAACCCGCAAUCCGGCACGCAGCCGUAGCCCUCGGCGCCCUCCACGAAAGAUUCGAGAUUCUCCCUCAUACUAAUCUCAACUUCACGCUAAGUAAGGGAGAGGAUGAUGACGUCUUUGCAAUGCAACAGUACGCGAAAGCCAUCAAAGCUUUAUUGGGAUUCAAUGGCGGCCAAGAAAAAGCUGCAAAUGUCGCCCUUGUGACUUGCGUACUCUUUGUCUACUUCGAGACACUUCGCGGUCACCACGCAACGGCUAUCUCGCAUAUAAACGGUGGGAUCAAAAUUCUUUCCGCGUUCCACCAGUCCGCCUCAUCUUCAUCCCCAUACCCCUCAACCAUCUCACAAUCAAACACGCCAUACGUCAGCACACCAACGCUCACCCUCAUAUUCGCCCACUUUGACUCCCAAGCCUCCGCCCUCCUCGCUGGUCGUGAACGUGCUCUCCAAGACCCCUCCUCCGACAACCCCCUGCCAGGCUACGCACCCGAGAUCCCGGAAGAAUUUCAAAGUUUGGGAGAAGCUAUGAACAGUCUCGACUACAUCCGCACGGAAUCGUUCAGGAGCAUGGCUACCGUGGAUCGUAGCGAUUGGGUUGCUAUCAGGGUUAUGCUGGCGUGCAUGCAGAGUACGGCUACUAUCAGAUUAAAUUUGUGGGGGCAAGCUUUUCAUUCGUUUGUUGGAACACAGGAGAGGAAGUUGGGGGGUGGGCUUAAUGGGGAAGGGAAGGAAGAGAAGGAGUGGAGGGAUGCAGUUAAUGUUCUGAGGGUACAUAAGAUCUUUAUGGGGUUUUACUUCUGCGUUGAUCUUGAGCGGGCACUGAGGGAUGAAGGGCUUUGGGAUGAGCAUACUGAGGAUUUUGAGGAGAUUGUCAGACUUUCGGAGGAUAUUAUUGGCCCGCACGAAGGCAGUGCGGAGCAUGGAGGUGGGGUGAAAAGAUUGCUCUGUCACGAUACAGGAAACGUCACAGGAAUCGUCCUCCCGCUGAAUUUCGUAGCGACAAAAUGUAGGGUAAGGAGUAUUCGCUGGAAGGCCAUCGAGUUAAUGAGAAGGACAGAGAGGCAAGAGGGGCUUUGGAAUUCGGUGUUGACGGCACUGGCUGCGGAGCAGUUGGUGAGGCUUGAAGAGGAAUGGCUAGUGGAAGAGAAAGUGCCGAGGGAGAGGAGGAUUCGGUGCGCCGAAGUAGGAUUUGAUCUGCAGGAGAGGAGGGCGCGCUUGAGGUAUGGACGCCUGGAGGUGGGAGUGUUUGCCCAUCCACCCCCUCGUGAGAUGGAAUGGAUUGAAGGGUCGAUUUGUUGGUGAGUGGACAAUCGUGGUUGCAAUAAAGUGACUCGAAUGUGUUAUGAUAUAACUAAUAAAACCUUUUUCUUGAUCUUUCGCAAUUUUUAUAUUUCCUUCCUGCAAGACUAUUCCGUAC